AUGGGAAACCAGCACUCGGUUGAGCGACAACUCCGCCACGCCCGCGGCAAGCCCGUCAAUGAAAAGACAUUGAAGGAGUUGGACAAGGUCUUUUGCCAAAACCCGGAAAACGCACACGACGGCGUGUGGAAUGUGGUGCGGGACCCCGGCGUCGAGCACCGGCGACGGGGUCGGGAUGCCAAGCAGCGCUACGUGCAAGCUCGACAGGCGGUGCAUCUAUCUUUGGCUGCCUCUCACGGGCAUCUUAUUGGCAGCUCCGAGGCCAAGAAUGGCCACAAGAUCGCCGGCAACGACCAGGCUGCCGAUAAACCGACGUGGGUGAACUGCGUCGGCGAGCAGGCCAACCGGCCGCUGGUGAUUGUGAAGCCCGAGUCUCUCCAACAGCUUGUUGCCGUUCUCGCCGACGCACACAGCCUUCAGCAGCGUGUGCGUGCCGUCGGCUCCGGCCACUCAUUUUCCGACAUUACCUACUCGACCGACGCUAUGCUCGUCGACAUGACCCUCCUGAAGCGGGUGGCGAUGGUGGACAAUGGCGAGGAAGGCAUCGUCGGCACCACCAAGCCUGUCCAGGUCAAGGCGAACAAGGCCGAGAGGGGAGUACCAGGGCCUGCCGGCGAUGCACUGCUGACGGCCUGCAACCGCAGUCGCAAUCUUGCGCGCGUCCAAGCAGGCGUCACGAUCCGAGAACUCAACGAAGAGCUGGACAACCGUGGCCUGGCCCUCCCCAACAUGGGCGCUUUCGACGGCCAGACCGUUGCCGGCGUCAUGUCGACCGGGACACAUGGAUCUGGCAUCGGGUUCGGGCCCAUGUCCAGCCUCGUUCGUGCGAUUGUGCUGGUCGUCGCCGACGGCACCGUCUACCAAAUCGAGCCAGCCAGUUCCCAUGUUGGCAAAGGGCCGCUGAGCGACCCUGCUGCCUUCCCCCGCACCAUCGACGGGCUCCCUGUAGUGCUCAGACAAGAUAAUGACUGGUUCCGCACGGCCCUUGUCUCCAUGGGCUGCGUCGGGGUGAUUUACAGCUACGUGAUUGACGUGACGGAAGCCUUCCAUGUCCGCGAGCUGCGGUCGGCCACGAGAUGGGACGAGGUGCGAAAAGAGCUUCUUCCCGAGCUCUGGGCGCCGGUUGCGCCGGCGGUCGCCGGCGCCCACCAUUUCGAGCUCGUGCUCAACCCGUACAUGUGGUGGUCACACAACUCGUGCGUACGUGUCGAGAGGAACCGGGUGACGGCCGAGACGCAGCCCUCGGGUGCCCGCAAAGACUGGCUCAGCACGCUCCUGGAGCAGUUUGGCAUCCACUCGAUCCCACACCUCCUUGGCGUGCUCAAGCGGUUCCCUGCCAUCAGCCCCAUUGCCAUCAACCGCGCCAUUGCAACGCUUGUCGAGAGCGGCCCGUAUGUGGACAAGAGCUUCCGCGUGUUCAACCUCGGGCCGGCCAACAGCAUCAAGGCGAUGGCGAUUGAGCUGCACUGCGACGCCAAGCAGUGUGUUCCCGUCAUUGACAAGCUGCUGGACGUGUUCCGCGACGAGGCCAAGCGCCAUGAGUACUACAUGACCGGCCCUCUGGGCAUCCGCUUCAUCGGCGCGUCCGACGCGUUCCUGGCGCCGCAGGCUGGCCGCAUGACGUGUGCCAUUGAGCUGGACAUGCUGGUCGGGGUCGAGACAGGAGCCAAGCUCGCGCAGGACAUUAAAGAGCGGAUGUGCACAGACAGCAUCGACUCCCCGCGUCUUCAUUGGGGCCUCGACAUUGACCUUGUGACGGACGACGAUGUGCGGUCGUGGUAUCCCGAUUUCGAGGCGUGGCAUACAGUCUACCGCCAGCUCAACUCGACGGGCAUGUUCAACAACAAGUUUACUGAUCGCCUGGGUAUCAGCAUUUUGUAG